ACAACAGCUUGAAAGCACCGUCGUCGCAUGGUGCCUCGCAACGACGCAGCAGAACGGACUCGGACAUCUCCACGUCGAUGGACGACGAUCGACCUCCGUCCCGCGACUAUCGCGGAUCUCUGCUUCGGGACGAUCGAUAUCGUCAUUCUUCGCAUCGGCCGUACGACUCGCGCAAGCCAGCCGGUUACUACGACGAGUACAACACUCGCAGCGGCAGGGACCACGACUACGACGACCGACACUCUCGCGAUUCUUGGGAGCGUGAGAGAUACUUUGACGACAACAAGGAUCGAGAGUCGAAGGACGGCAUAGUAGAGGCGAGGGAUAACAGAGAGGCGCGCGAUAAUCGCGAUAAUCGCGCGGCCAGGGACGCCCGAGAAGCGAGAGAGAUCCGAGAGAGAGACAACAAGGAUAAAAAGGAUUACGACAAUUAUCUAAAGGAUCCCUUUGACGAUCGUAAUCGCGAGCGUGAACGUGAACGUGAGCGUGAGCGUGAGCGUGAACGCGAUCGCGAACGCGAACGUGAUCGUGAUCAUCGCGAUCGCGAUCGUGACCGCGAACGUGAUCGCGAACGCGACCGUGAACGCGAUCGUGAACGCGAUCGUGAUCGUGAUCGUGAACGUGAACGCGAUCGUGAUCGUGAUCGUGAUCGUGAUCGUGAUCGUGAUCGUGAUCGUGAUCGCGAUCGCGAUCGGGAACGGGAACGAGAACGAGAACGGGAACGAGAGCGUGAGCGUGAGCGUGAGCGUGAGCGAGAACGAGAGCGGGAACGAGACCGCGAUCAAAGAGAAAGAUCGGAGAGUACGGAAUGGCGGGAAGAGCGGAUCAUUCAGGACAGGAUGAUGAUGGACGCUCGUCGCGAUAUACAGAGGGGGGAGGAGCGAAUGGAGCGCAACGAACGUCCGCAGAGACCAGAUUCUCGCGACAGUCGUGCCUCCCGAGAGUCGAAGACGUCGUCUCUGCGCGAUGACGACUCGCACAAGCUGCGGGACUGCAGCUCCUGGGUGAACGAAGUGGCCGACUACGAGGAGAAUAAACGCGACGCGUAUCACGAGGAUAUCCGCGAGAGGGAGCGAGAGAGAGAACGGAGGCAGCCGUUGGGCCCCGUGACCAAGGAGAGGAUCGAGGCGGACGAGCUGAAGGCCGAGAAGCGUAAUCUGACGCAGUUAAAGCGUGCCAGCUGUUCCGACCAGGACAAGAAGGAUCAAGCGAAGGAUCAAUCCUCCAUCUCGUCGGCCAUGGAGCCGAAGAAGGAGAUGAUGAUGAUGGACGUUUGGAACAGGAAGAUCGAUCGAGUCAACGAGAGCGGUCGAAUGAUGGAGAGGGGCGGGGAUAAUUCGCCAAAGGCCUGGGCCGACGCCGUUUCUCCGACGUUCGACAAAGAGGAGGAGAAAGCGUUGGAACCGAUGAAAAGUGAAAAAGACUCGGAAGAAUUGAAGCAGAAUUUCGAGAAGUUGAGCCUGGAGAAAGGAAGGGGGGAGGACUCCUCGUUGAACGAGGACGCGGCAGCAGCGGCGGCGAUGGCGGCGGCAGCAGCAGCAGCAGCCGCAGCGGCAGCGGCAGCGGCCGCGGCCACGGCGGAACAGCAAGCGAAGGAAGACAAACGAGAGAAGAACAUUCGAAACAGAACGAACAGCGGCGGGUCGAACUCGAGAGUGCGCGAUUCUCGAGGUGGUGGUUGGCGUGGCCCAGAGACAAGAGGGCGACGAGGUGGGCCGAGAGCCGCCGCCAGGCCAGCCUCCGCCAGAAGCGGUUCGUACGGACAUACCGAUUCGGAGAACAGUGCCGACGAGGUGUCCGGCUCGACAGAGUCCGGCAAGGAGGAGAAGAAGUCUGCCAGAUCGCCCAAGCCUAAUCAAAAGGCGGAGAAAGAGGAGCGCAAUCGCGAAGCAAUGGUGGCGCCUGCUCGCGAUGAGAAACGAGGAGGAGGAGGCGGCGGCGGCGGCGGCGGCUCAGAUUACGCUCAGUCGCAACGGAGCGAGAAACGAACGUACGGCGGCGACGGUAGUAAACUGAAUCGCGAAGGUUUCGCGCCUUCGGGCGAACCGUCUCGCCGCGGCCGAGGAAGCAGUUUCCGAAUUCGAAGUACAACUGCCACCGGCAGCCGCAUGGAGGGAUACGGGCCCCCGUCUAGCAAGAGUCCGUUCUCCUCCGAGCGCAACGUCGACGAGAAAGCGAAUGCUGCCACCCCGAUGCGACAGAAUCCGUCAACGCCCACUCCGGAGAAGGAGAUGAUGAGUUGUUCCCUGUUGGCUGCGUCGCAGGCCGAGUCCACCGACGAUAAGAUCAUAGCGAAGCAGCAAGCGCUCACCGCAGGAAUAACUGGGAAACGUGCCAAAUCGCCGAAUCAACAACAGCAGUCGUCGGCCAACAAACUGGACGCGAAUCACGCUUCUUCGGGCAGCAACGCUUCGUCUCAGAAGAUGCAGGUUGUCAGGAAGGAAGAGUCGCGGUCAAAGAGAACACGCAGUGGAAGUAGAAGGGGCAGAGAUAAUCGCGAGUUGCGUUACCGCAGCAGCGGCGGUAGCAACAUAUCGAAGCAAACGUCUUCGGACGUGGGGAACGAAGAUUGGGAAACCACGUCUGAGAACAGCGAGGAUCACGCGGACGAUCACAAAGAGUCGCGCAACAAUCGCAACAACAAGCAGUUCUCUGUACGUGCGAGCACCGGUAGUAAUCAGAAUGUCGUAGCGUCGUCGAACAUGCAUUCGCGUAGGAACGAGCUGGCGGGGAACAACCGGGGGGAUCAACGCGAGAAAAACGUCAAGUCUUCCAAUGCAACGGCGUCGUCUCGAGCCCCUGGCGCUGAGAAACGUAACCUGCAGAAUAAUUCCAGUUUCCUCGGUCAGAAGAAUCAUUCCAGCAGCAUCCCGCCGUUGAUACAGGCUCAGGCUCAAGUGCAAAACGGCGGCGGAAGGUCGAGAAAUCAAACGUCUGGCGGUGGUAACUCGUCGACCUGUUCGGGCAAAUCGUUGACGAAAGACAGCACGGUGAAUCGCAUGGACGAGUUAAAGUUGACCGAUUCGAACUUGGUUAAUCAAGCUCUCAACGACAUCGGCAGCAAAAGGCCCGGCCAGGGCAAGGAGAAGAAGGCGAUAAUCGAUUGCGAAAUGGAAACGAGUAACUGCACGGAGGACGGUGCCAGCGUCGUCGAGGACAAGGUCGAUUCCGAUGGCUUCCAGGAGGUGCGUUCGAAGAAGAACGUGAAAGAGUCGAGACACGGCCAGAAGGAGGAGACGACGAAACCUCUGAAGCGUGAAAAGGAGAAAGAUCGCGAGAGGGAGCGCGAUCGUUCCAAGUCGAAAGCAAACGGCGGCGGUGGUGGUGGCGGCGGUGGUUCGCAGCAAGCAGCUUCGUUGCAACAACAAGUCCAGAAUAUACCGCCUUUGCUCGGCCAAGCCAUUCCACAACCUGCAAGCAUGUUGCAGAAACAAUACGACAGAACUUCGCGAAGCCAGAAGCUGGCUCCUAGAUUCCAGAAGCAGCGACUAGCCAAGCAACAGCAGCAGCAGCAACAGCAACAACAAAUGUGCGCGUCCGAGGCAAACGACGCGAGCAACAAAAUCAAUAAUUGCUCGUCGAGCAGCUUUGGCAAAGAGUCGUCGAGCAGCAGCGGCCCAGCACCUCCGCCAUCUGUGAACGCGUGGGACAAACCGUUCACCACCAGCCAGUUACAAUCCAACUCGCCGUCGGCUGUUGUCCCCGUUGACAUUCAACUGAUACCCGGCUUGUCCGCGCAGAACGAUCACGGCCACGUUGUUCACAGCCACGAAGUGAACGAGCAAGCCACCAACUCUGGUAACAGCAGUCAACGAAACUCACCGAACGGUGAAAAGAAUAACGUUGGCAAAAGUUUGAAGGACCAGCUGAUGGAGAAAGGGUCCGUCUCGGACGUGUCCUCGCCGCCUGUGCAAACGUUGAUCUUCGAGAACACGAAUUACUCGAAAACCACCAAGGCUGGCCCUUCCGAUCUAGCGGUGAAAACCAAAUUCCCGAAUCACAUGAAAACGCAACAGCAGCAGCAACAGCAACAACAACAACAACAACAACGUAUAGAAAAACGCGCCGAUUUGGAGGAAGAAGGCAGCGCCGCAGCAACGAUGCAGCAACAGCAACAACAGCAGCAGCAGCAGCAACAACAACAACAACAACAACAACAGGCGCAACAGCAAAGUCUGCCGGUGGCGUUCUCGAACAAACCGAACGAUUUGAUCAAAGACAAGAAUCAAGAGCCUAUACAGAUGCCUCUGUCGUUCAACAAGAACAACGAGGACAACGCGGACAUGAAGUUGGACUUCACUUUCGACUCGGACCUGUCGCAGUUGACCGAGGUCGACAAGAGCAAGAGCUUGGGCAUGACUCGGUCGAUGCACAUGGCCACCGGCCAGAACACCAUCUCGCCGUCAACUGCCGAGCUUAAUUUGAAGAUUGCAUCGGUAAAGAAAGUUUGGGAGAACGCGCCUCCUAUGCCAACCGUGGUCGAGCACGAGGACGGCAACAAUGUUGUCAGUACGGCUAACACUUUCCCGCAGGCGUUCGAAAGUACGGACGUUGAUGACAGUUACAGCCCACAUCAACAGUACAAUCAAAAUAACAUGAAAAACGAAAUAACAACGUCGACGAACGUGUGCAAGCUGGUUCCCCCGCAGGUGAAGCCGCAGCAACAAUCCUCGGGCAGCAGCAGUGGUCAAUCUGGUUCGACAGUUCCUGGGCCGAGUCCUAUUGGAGCAGGUCAAAGUCCCAUUGGGCAUCCUCCCGUCAGUCUCCAAGGACCGUUGAGCCCACCUCCGUUCAACUCCACGGGACAACCGUCUCACGUCAAUUAUCAGGAAUUCCCUCAGUACCCAGGAUCUCAAGCUGCGCAAUAUGGCAGCAUGUCUGCUAUACCCUCCCCGCCAGCCGUGUUGUUCAACACCGGCUCCGGUCAACUUCCGGCUCAGGCAGGAGGCCUGUACGGAGCGUUUCAGUUAGACCAGAGCCGAUCCCCUUUCACGCAGUACCCGCCGUACGCUCCGUCGCUUCAAAAUUCGUUCAACCAGCAGAAUGUGUACUUGCAACAGCCGCCACCUCCGCCACCGCACGCACCCAACGCACCCACCCCCGAUAUGUAUCAAAGCAAUCUUUCGCAAUAUCGCAUCACCGCAGCUGCUGCCCCACCCUUUGGACAAAAUCAACAGCUCAGUAAUAAUCCAAAUACAGUUCUUAUUAGCUCUUCUUCGAACUCUUUGAUGUCAGCCAGCGUGAAGCCAUCGUCUCAGCCAAUCGGAGCUAUUGGAACCAAAGCUCCUCACUUUCAAGCACCGUCUGCGCCUCAGCCAAACCCAUUAACGUACAUACCAUAUGAUCCAAAUCAAGUACUCGGCGUGAGUGGCAGUUACAUGGGCAAUUCCCAAUUGGUACAGAGACCUGGCCCGAACGUACAAGCCUCGGCUAAUAGUUAUUAUAGUGCAACUUCGGCUGAUGUAUUCCCCGGAUCGCAAACAGGUUUCUAUCAGCCGGGCGGUGCUACGCAACAGACUGGCACUCAUUACGGACUUCAGGGAUUUGGUCAGCACAGCCAGAGCUUGGCAACCGGCAGUGCUGCUCCUGUUGGACUUCAAAACUUCAGCUCAGGCUUUUUAUCUAGUUCGGGAUUACAGAUUGCUGCAGCUGCCGCCGCUCAGCAGUUUCGUAAUCCAACUGGAGGACUGCCCGGACCAGCAAACGCAGGUCCUACUUUUCUUAGCAAACAUCAACCGCAAGAUCAGCCCAGGCAAUUGAAGAGUCCAUCGGGGAAUCAGCAAGAUGUCCUCGCAUCAGUUUUCAGUUCUACUUCGCAAAUACCAUCUCCAAAAUCAAGGAACUGUAAGCAGCAAUCUUCAUCGCAGCAACCACAACCUAGUCCGACGCAACAUCAUAAAUAUCAACAGUACCAAGGUGUUAGUCAGUCAACUUUGAUUUUGCAACAAAAUAUACGUGGCAUGGGUAUGCCACCACGCGCUGGAAUUCAACCAUCACAGCAAAGAUAUCCACCGCCCAUUCAGAGACCAGUUGUUCCAUUUACACCGGGUCCAAAUCCGAACAAUCCUACGCAGCAACAGCAACAACAACCUAAUUGCAUGCCAUCGCAACAGCAGCAACAACAACAAGUUCAAAUCAACCGUCACAGACCAAACCUGCAUCAACAACAACAGCAGCAACGAAAUAUGAAGAUGCAGCAACAAUAUUAUUCUACUCAAGGAAACGUUAAAAUUGACACAAGUGAAAAAACAGAUUCGCACAAUGACAAGAUCAACGAUAGCAGCUCUGGUACUCAGCAAGGAGGCGCUAAAUCAAACGUAAAUUCACAAGACAAUGACAAUAAGGAAGAAGUGAACCAACAAAACGAG